GUUACUAUUCUUCCCAGGUGCUUGAAAGAGAAAUAUCAAGUAGCACUUGUCUCUGUCUUUCCUCUUUCACUUAACAAAUCAAAGCUAUAUGAUUCCUGCAAUGUUUUAUAACAUAGCAAUUUGCAUGUUGUUUUAUGGUUUCAUAGUAUCAUCAUGUCAUCAAACGCACAACCUUAAUAUUCUUGCUAACCAAGUUACAUCUUCAAGCAAUUUCUUGUUUGGAACAGCCUCUUCUUCUUACCAGUAUGAAGGAGCUAUUCUCAGUGAUGGAAAAGGUCUCAACAAUUGGGACGUUUUUACUCAUGAAGCUGGUCAUAUUAAAGAUGGAAGCAAUGGAGAUGUUGCUGUUGAUCACUACAAUCGUUAUUUGGAGGAUAUCAAGCUCAUGGAAGACAUGGGCGUGAAUAGCUAUCGUUUCUCCAUCUCAUGGGCAAGAAUUCUGCCCAAGGGGACAUUUGGAGAUGUUAACAUGGCUGGAAUUGAGCACUAUAAUAAGCUUAUUGAUGCACUCCUACAAAAAGGGAUCCAACCUUUUAUCACAUUAACUCAUUAUGACAUACCACAAGAACUUGAGGAAAGAUAUGGUGGUUGGCUGAGUUCACGAAUACAGGAUGAUUUCAGCUAUUAUGCAGAUAUAUGCUUCAAAUAUUUUGGGGACAGAGUCAAAUACUGGACAACCAUCAAUGAGCCUAACGUCAUGGCUCUUUUUGGCUAUAGACUAGGAACUUACCCUCCAGCUCGAUGCUCCGGUAUAUUUGGGAACUGUAGUGCUGGUGAUUCAGAAAGAGAGCCCUUCAUUGCAGCUCACAAUAUGAUCCUAUCUCAUGCAGCUGCUGUCAGAAUUUACCGUACCAGAUAUCAGAAAAGACAAGGAGGCAUGAUUGGAAUUGCUUUGGAUAUCCAAUGGUAUGAACCAUUUAGCAAUUCCUCAGAAGACAUAGCUGCAACUGAGAGAGCUCGGUCAUUCUACGUCAACUGGUUUCUAGACCCUAUUAUAUUAGGAAGAUAUCCCAAAGAAAUGGUACAAAUUCUGGGAUCUAAUCUGCCAGACUUUUCAAAGAAUGAUUUGAGCAAGUUGAGUUAUGGCCUAGAUUUCAUUGGCAUCAAUUACUAUACGGCUAACUAUAUCAAAGAUUGCUUAUAUUCUGCCUGUGAACAUGGAAAUACUUGGUCAGAGGGUUCCUAUUUUGCUACUAUAGAAAAAGACGGUGUCUUCAUUGGGCAACCUACUGGAGUGGAAUGGCUCUUUCUGUACCCACAAGGGAUGAAAAAAAUUGUGAUGUACAUGAAGGACAAAUUCAACAAUACUCCAAUGGUUAUCACCGAAAAUGGCAUUGCUGAGAACGAUAAUCUGAAUCCUUCAAUAACGGACACCUUGAACGAUAUUCAUAGAGUGAACUAUAUGCAUAGCUACUUAAAUUCUCUGGCAAAUGCAAUCAGGGAAGGUGCAGACGUGAGGGGGUACUUUGUUUGGUCCCUUCUCGACAACUUUGAGUGGCUAGAUGGAUAUAAGCUAAGAUUUGGACUUCACUUUGUCAACUACACUAAUCUCCAGAGAACCCCAAAAUUAUCAGCUACCAGAUAUAAACAGCUCAUGUAUAACUUCAGCAUACAGCUUGAAACACAUACUGCCCAGAACUAGUGGCUGGGAGAAGACGAUGAAAAGCGGAGGCUUGUAAAGUUUAUUGUGUAAUGAACAAAUAAGUGUUCAGCCUGAUUCCUGCCUUCAUAUUGCAAGAGUUAAGCUCAAGCCUUACCUUGUAUUCACUUCUAUGGAACUGUAAUCAUGUAAACAAGAUCUAUAUUAAUUAUGCAGAAAUACUCUAUUGAAAGUUGAGUAUAACAAUCUUAUUAUCCUGA